AUGACCUUGGCUGGCCGAUCUAGUCGAGGAUGUACAACCUGUCGGACAAAGAAGAAGAAGUGUGACCAGAAGCUCCCUUCGUGCGGUCUCUGCCUCAGAACAGGCAGUGUUUGUCCUGGAUAUCGCGACCCUCUCUCCCUCGCCUUCCGUGAUCAGAGAGAAAAAGUUAUCACCAAAGCGAAAACAAUGUAUAGUCAUCCGAGGUCGAAACGCGUGACUAAGCCUAGGACAACGUUAAUAAAUGAGCCAACGGAGAAGCGUCUGGAAAGGCCCUGUGUCGAGACCGAUUUCAAUAGUAACGCUGCCCUAUCCUAUACUGCCAUGGCCUCUAGUCUCAUAGCAGCUUUGCCUUUUCCUUUGGAGGAACAAGCGACGUGCUUCUUCUUUCACCAUUACAUUAUCAUGGAUGAGGAUUACUUGAAAGGUUACAUGUCAUAUCUGCCAACGAUGUUUGUCGACAUCCCACCAAACCCAGCUCUUUACGCCGCAGUGAUAGCGGUGGGAAGCGCUGGAAUUGCAAAUUUCAAGAGGAGCAGCGAUCUAAUGGUAACAACAAGUGACCGCUACUCAACGGCCCUGAGCCUCACCCACAAAUUAUUGGCCGAUCUGCCUAAAUGCUGGAGAUAUUCGACCGCUGUAGCAGUGCUGUUGCUGGCUAUGUAUGAAACUGCAACGUGCGUUUCACCUAGAUCGAUGCUGGCCUGGAGAAGCCACGUCAGUGGAGCUGCCACCUUUCUCCGGAUGGAGAAAGAAGACUGGUGUCAAGGAGUCGGGAUUGAAUUGCUUUAUGAUAUCUGUGAAAAGCUCAUCCUCAAAUGUCUCCAGCACCGCGAAGAUAUACCUCCUGACAUAGUCCACCUAAUCGACCAGGUGCAAAACAACGACUCAAGCCCAAAGCUCUCACUCCAAACCAUUGCAAUGCGGCUGUGCUCACUGCGGGCAUCAACUAGUCGGCAAACAUUCCCUGAUGCAAGGGCCAUCAUUUAUGAGGCAUGGAAGGUUGACGGGGAACUAGCACACUGGGCGAGAUGCCUUCCAGUAGAAUAUAGCUACCACCGUAUAUGCAACAAUCAUUGCUCGGCACAGAUACCGUCCGAGGAUCAUACUUACCCGUGUAUUCUAGUUGCAAAUCUAUGGAAUAAGUAUCGUUGUCUUCGCAUACUCGCUAACGAGAUAAUUCUCGAACAAUUCUCCAUAGGCGAAUGGGUCUACGAUGAGAAACAACGACAUAUGUCUGAAUAUCUCCUGGAUUUGUUCGCGAACCAGAUUUGCUCCGCCGCAUCGCCGUACCUCUCUGAUAAUAAGUCUCCGAGUCAGUCCGGGGCCCUCGGUACUCUCUUACUCUGGCCACUAUAUCUCGUCGCUACCAACUGGGCUGCCUCGCUACCAAUACGGGACUGGGCCAUUUCAAAGUUGAAUGAGAUUGGUGAGUCUAAGGGUAUUUUGCAGGCAUUGUCGAUAGCCAACCUUUUACGAAAGCAAUGGGACAUCACAAUAUGGGAACAAAAACUUCCUAUCUUAAGCGCAGAUUUAGACGAUCAUUGGUGA